AUGCUUCUCAAUCAAUCCAGCUUGAAUGCCACCAAGACUAUCGAUCUCAGCACAUUCGCAGGCAGUGAUGGCGACUCCAACUUCUUCCCCAAACACCUUGCUAGAGAAGACAACAUCAAAUUUCUUGCUCGUUUGAGCGAUGCUUUCAACGCAAGCCCUCGCCUUGUCCUCGCUAUCGGUGGCAGAGUCGAAUUCAUCAACCAGCUUCCUGUGGGCUAUGCCUCUUUCCUACGCCCAGAAGUCUAUGAAGAUGGUCAGAGAGUUGAUAGAUUUGUUUACGGUCACCCCAGUGGCUUGUCUUUUGCUUCGCUGGUUGCUUUUGCUGAACAUGUCCUUAUGAUCAUGAAGAAGGAGGUCAAGGAUUGUGCUUGUGUUAAUUGUCAGGGUGCUCCUGUUCCUGCUCCUCGUUUCUCGGCAGGGUUUCAUGAGCUGGAGUGA